UUGGACAUUACUGUCAGGGAUCCUACAGCGGUAGCCUCUAGCCCUCCACAGACCGGACUACUCCAGGACGCGGAAUCUAAUCCCCGACCUGCUUGUUCACCAGGGCCCCUGAUGGUGGGGAUUGACUUGGAGCAGGCCGAGACCAGGUCGCGGCCCCUGGGUUCACCCAGCUGUGGUAGAAGCACCGUUGGAGGUGUAUAGCAGGUGAGAGUCUGAUGUGAGGAGGUAACAAGAGCAGCAUCGGGCAGGCCGGGUCGAACGGUAGACAAGAAUACACAGGUCACAAGCCGGGUUCAGCAACGGGAGGUCAGAUAAAGGGAUAAGGCUGAGAAUAGUCUUAGACAAAGUCAGUCAGUUUCCAGGAGAGCCACGAGAG